ACUUGAAUGGUGGUUGCAUGGCUCACUGCCUUGCGAGUCCCUUGUGUGUUGUUCUCACUUUUCAGAGUUUUAUGUGGAUAGUUUUAUCAGAGGCGCCUGCCUGCCUCAUCCUGUUACUACUUGCAUCGCUCAAGAACAUUACAGGCAACAUGAGGAAAGUUACCACAGAAAACAUCAUCUCUGCUUGGGCCUGGGUGAUGUUUUUGCUACAUACAUAUGGUUGUGAAGUUGGAUUGGGAAUGACUUGUCACGAUUUCGACUCUCCAUCCGAAGUGCAACUCGGCUCAAAUCUCACAAUGUCGUGCAGCUUGAGGGAAAAGUGCUUUGAUAAGUUUGAAGCAAAUGCAAGCCACAUAUUCUGGAUAGUAAAUGGUGUUCGAGCAUCACAGGAGCAAUAUCGAGCCAUCAAUGCAAGCGUUUCCCUUCUGUCCUUGAGAAACUUUAAUGUGCCGAGAAGUGAAGUGGAAUGCGAGAUUGACAGUAAAGGGAAACUACUCACUCUUCACAUAUUCAUAGUCAAAGCAGGAUCUCCACCUGACAAACCGAAAAAUGUUUCCUGCAUUGCAUACUUUAGGAAGAAUUUUACUUGUUUCUGGGAUCGUGGGCGAGAAACGGACUUAGAAACGAAUUUCACAGUAACUAAACAAUUGUAA